AUGUUCAAAUAUCCUGGAAAACGGGACAUUGUAGGAAGUAAAACAGAUACAAGGAAGGUGAAUGAAACAGAUCCUGUUUCUUGGAUUUGUAUGAGACGAGCUGCGGGAGUGCAUAUGUGCGCAUCAAGGCACAAAAUUUCCGCCUUAUCCAGCCAAGAAGGGCGAAAACUCCCUCCAUCACUCAAAGCGGAAUACAGAAGAGAAUAUGAGAAAGAAAUCAAAGCAUCCAGAUCGACUCAGGAUACUACACCCCCUACGCCAAUUCAUCCUAUUGUUCGCUACAAAAAGAGGAGGUCAAUCUACAAGGAUGAAAGUCCUAGAAGUGGACUACGACCCAGUCAUACGUUGGAAGGAACGCGAAGUCGUAGCGAUUAUGGAAUCGUUUCGCAAAUGCAACGAAUGGAAGAGCAACGUAAGUUAAGUGACUACGGACUUCUUCCUCCUGUUGUUCUUCCGUGCGUUCAAAUAUCAUCAGUUAGUCUACCGUCGCGAAGUUCAACCCCAUCCAGAUUUCAAAGAGGUCGUCAUUCUUGGAAAAACCGAUUUCAUUGGGGAUUUUCGUCUCCGAAUAUGAGAAGCGCACCUGUACCGGACGCUGAGUCAUUGGUCACUCCAAGUUCCUCGGUCCUCCGAUGUACUGCCAGUGUGCCAAAAUCCAAGUCGAUCACAUUCUGUGUUCCGUCAAAGGAUCCUCUACAAAAAUCCAUUAAAACCAGCAAUGUCUUGUCACGAAUGGCUGAAACGUCAAGCUCAGAUGUGGUAAAUCCACGUCGAAGCAGUGUAUUCGUGAAACGAGGAUCUGUCAGUAUGGAACCGAUCAAAAAAGUCAAUCUUGAAGAUGUUUAUCAUGUUUAUAAACAGCUUGGAACAGGCCGAUUUGGUUACAUAAAAUUGGCCGAACAUAAACAAUCGAAACAAAAAAUUGCCAUUAAAUUUUUUCCGCGACCUCAAAUAAAGCAGGUCGAUUUUGUGCGAGAGUACAACUAUUCUUUCUUCUUAUCUCCACAUCCACAAAUAAUUGACACAUAUGAGGGCAUGUACCAGGCAGGUGACGACUCUGCGUUCUUCUUCGUCCAGGAAUUCUGUCCAAGAGCCUCACUAAGGGAAGCAGUGGAGGCCACAAAUCAACAAGGGAUUGGUGAAGCAAACACGAAAAAAGUUUUUGGAGCUGUUCUAUCCGCAAUUGAGUUUAUGCACAAUGAAAAUCUCGUUCAUCGUAACCUCAAAGCAGAAAAUAUACUUCUUUUCGACAGUAACGAUUUCUCCAAAGCGAAACUCACCGAUUUUGGACUAACACGAAAAGUGGAUGCUACGGUGAAAUAUCUGGAAUAUGUGAAUAAUUAUCAUGCACCAGAACUUUGUGAAACAGUCGUCAACGAAGUUCUGACAGUGAAUAAAAGUACGGAUAUCUGGGCACUUGGAGUAAUCUUCUACUACUGUAUGAGAGGAAGAUUUCCAUGGCAAAAAGCAUCCAUCAUGUGUAAACCGUAUUGGGAAUGGGAACAAUGGUUGAAACGGAAAAAUCCAACGUUACCAAAACGAUGGACGCCGUUUAGCGAAAAAGCAUUGAAGCUCAUGAAAAAGACCCUCACUCCGCGGAUAAAAGAUCGAUGGACAGCAAAGGAUAUGCGAAAAUGUAUAGCAAAGGAAAAAUUGCUGAAACCAGUUAAGGGUGACGAUAAUGAUGUUUUUGUUUAUGUGCCAAGCGAAUUUGUCAAGCAUGAAGGCAAUGCUAAAGGCGAUGGGAAAAAGAAAAGCACUCUACAACAUUGGAUUAAUACCACAUUAUCUGCAAUGGCUGAGAUCAGUGAACAAGUCGUGUCAGCACGUGAUGAUUAA